AGAGGUUAUUACUUCAAUAGAGAAAAGUGUACGACCUAAGUCGUCAAAAGUGUGGGAACACUUCACUUUAAAGACUUCAAAGAAGACCGUUUCCUGCAAAAUGGCACGGAAGUGCAACAUUGCUUCAGGAGCACCUGAAAAGGAAACAUGUUGAAGCCAUGGAUGAAGAGAAGAACUCACGCACUGAGAUGGACCUGGACUAUGACAGCUACGAGGACUACUAUGACAGGGUGUAUGACUACCAGCGUGUCCCAGCAUCCAUGUCUCCUCUGCACCCAAUGGGACCCAGCCCGUCCAAACGUUCCCGUUCCUCCUCCUACUUGUCCUCUAAGCAGAGACGCAGUCGAGACAGGUCCCACUCCAAAAGCUGCAGAACCCACUCCACCAGUUCCUCCACAUCCAAGUUGGGCACGGAGGAGUUGCAGGUGAUUAAAAAGGAACUGACUAUGAUCAAGACACAGAUCGAUGGACUGCUUGACAGCCUUGACAGGAUGGACACACACAAGAAUGACCACAAAGAGUCCCUUUUACGAGAGGAAAGCCCAGGAUGCUCGCUGUAUUCCAGCAGUCCAGAACAUUCCCUCUCAUCCCUCUCCCCACCCAGCUCCCGCCAUCGAAUCCACAGGGAGAGUUCUGUCCAAAGGGGUCCUGAUGAUGAGCACCACGUGAUCAGAGCAAUGGCAGCGUUUCCAAGCCCUCUAACCACACAUGUGUUAAAUACUGCCAACGGUGUUCCAGGAUCCAACAUGGCCCUCAGCCUACAUCGACUGGACCCCUCAUCUGAGACAUGGAUGGUUAUCACGACUGGGAUGACAAAUUCAGAUGGUCGUUGCCCUGGGCUUAUCACACAAGAAAUGUUUCUGUCUGGUGUGUACAAACUGCACUUUGAAACUGCUCCAUAUUGGGACAGUUUGGGGGAGACCUCCUUUUACCCUUAUGUUGAGAUUGUCUUCACUAUCAAGGACCCAAGUCAAAAGUACCAUAUACCUCUGCUCCUGAGUCGCUUCUCAUACAGUACUUACAGAGGGAGCUAGUGUCUCUGUCCUAACCUUUGCAAUCUGACAUUCAUUACCAAUGUAUAUGUCAAUGCAUGUACACAAACAAAUGCCACAUGUUCCAUGUUAUGUUUCAUCAUUAGUAAAGAAAAUGACUGACUUUAUGCAUGCUUUACUGACCUACGUACGGCAGGGAUCCAGUCCACUGGCGCCACACAUUGGCUACCCAUCGCUUUCAAAAUUAUUGGUUAAAUGCAGGGAUACAUUUUACUACCAUUGUAUAUGUGAUGAAUAAAGUCCAAUUAUUCUCUACUAAAAA